CCCGGGGCCACCGCUGCUACACCAUUCUACAGCCAUAUGAGAAGUCCAGGAGUCACGAAACAUGUCUCUGUGCAAGCUUUGUAUAAACAUCUUCGUACCGCCGCAAGAACCAAAAAAGCCAGAAGAUCCAAAGCCCUCGCGUAACCCUACCUGGCGAAAGAAACCACGUCUUUGCGGUAUGGGUAAACGAAAUUCAGCCGCGCCCAUUGGGAGUGCCAACCAUCUGACAAUUGAGAGUUUGCGAGAGUCUGCAAAGGCGGGAUGCUACAUCUGUUCCCGUAUCCUGCCAGAAUUAGAAGGGAAGGACCCGUUGGACAUACCGCCCAAAGUUGCUUUAACGAGCAACACAUUAAGCAAUCCUAGGCAAGAUGAUAAUGGCAAGGACCGUUAUCUCUCUUUCUGGAACAGUACUCCGCAAGGUAAUGAAGACCAGACCCUUGCUUCGUUUGUUCUUCAUCCAGUCUCAGUAUCGAACCCUUUCUUGGAUUAUCAAGCAAGCGUCAAUACUGGAUCGGACGAAUGCUUCCAAUUGGCUGCAAGAUGGAUGCAGGAGUGCGAAACAACUCAUGAGAGCUGUUGUAAAGGUGCAAAUGAGAGCUGGUACCCAGCACGGCUGCUUGAUUCAGGAGAUGGAAUUGGACUAGACCGUGUCCGGUUGAUGAAGCCCGAGCUGGAGCACCCUCUAGGACCGUAUGCCACGGUGCUCCACCACCCACAUUGCGACUCCCAAAUCAAGCUUUUGAAGAGGAAUCACGAUGAUUUCUUACACUCCAUCCCAUUGUCCAACCUCCCAAAGACCUGGAGCGAUGCAAUGACCAUCGCAAAGCGGCUCGGCAUCCGGUAUAUAUGGAUCGAUGCGCUCUGUGUUCUCCAAGAUUGCGAAGAAGAGCAGCAGCAAAACUCAUUUCAAGAAUCAGAAAUCUAUCGCAAGUCAUGGGUUACUAUCUCGGCAGCAGGCUCUAUCAACGACGACGAGGGGUGCUUCUUUGACCGCGAUUCCCGCACCAUAGAGCGGGUGCAUGUCGACCUCCCCGCUGCCCAUGGUGCCGAUGGUCUCCAAAAGUUUACUUUGGGUAGAAGGGUUGAGUGGUACUUCUGGGAAAAGCUCUUCGAGCAGCCUUUGCUCGAGAAGGCUGAAUCAUUCCAAAAACGUCUAUUCGCGCGACGCGUUCUCCAUAUGGGCCGCGACCAACUCUUCUGGGAGUGCGAGAAAGCAGAUUGCUGCGAACUAUUUCCAUCCAGUAUCCCGCGCCACUUAGAACUACACAACAACUUUGCUACUAAGCGGUCCUACGCUAGAUACCGCCAAGGCAAUGCGACGGAAUCCCUCGCUCAUCUCACAGGCGAUGGGGUAACUGAAGCAGCAAAACAACAAGUCAACGCAGUCAUCUGGGAGUCUAUCACGAAAAGCUACUCCCAAUGCACACCAACAGUGCCGGAAGCCAAGCUCCCCGCGCUCUCCAACAUCGCUCGCGAAAUGUCACAGGUCUUCAAAGGAGACGAGUACCUCGCUGGCACCUGGAAGUCACAGCUCCCAAGGGCGUUGCUAUGGCAGACAACUGGAAAGCAAGGAACACACCGCUCGCAGCGAUAUCGCGCCCCCAGUUGGUCCUGGGCCUCCGUUGAUGGCGAGAUCCAGUGGCAAGGUGUUCCACUACCCUCCUAUCCCGCAACUAUCGAUUACGCACUCGUCUCGCCAAUCGAUGAUCCGUUAGGGAGAGUAGACGGAGGCGUGUUGCGGAUUACGAGUAACUUUGGCUUGGUAAACUGGAGAAGAUGUGAAAGGUGCACCGGCUACACCUCACACAAAGACAUGUCUAUCCCGGAUGAUGGAUACGGAUUUUCUCAUAGGGAUUUCAGUCUCGAUGAGCCAAUACACCAUUCGGCGUUCAACGUGAAUCUCGAUGAUCCCUCGGAAGCUCUUACGGGAGAUUUGUUCGUUUUGCUGGUCGCCUGGUCAUACGGAACAUUUUUCGACCCCGUAAGCCAGAUGCCGGACCGGCGAAGUGGACCAUACCUGCUUUUCCUUACUCGAGUUCAGGGAACCACGAAUUUCUUCCGCAGGGUUGCUGUAGGGUGGAAUUGUGACUAUUUUCCUACUGAGUGGAUUGAGAGCUUACCGCGGGAGACCAUCUUCCUGGUGUGAGUAGGAAAAGCUCAAAGCCUGCAUCUGACCAAGCAUUUGUGUUGGAAUGUGAUGAAGCACAUCACACUAUACUUAGCAAGCUUACACAGAACUAUUAAGAGUCUAAACUCAUUCCUAC